AUGAAUUGGGCAAAGAGACAUAUAAGAACGGCGAAUCCAUAUUGGACGACCUCGGACCCAAGUCGAUUGGUGAAUCUUUACUUACAUACUUAUUUUGAAAGCUUGGUAAUUAAUGCGAAAGCCAAUUAUAAUCGUCUGAGCUUGUUUCAUUUACAGCCUUGGGUCGUGAAUGUCGUUCCCUGGGGUUUUCGCAAGAACUUCUUAUCAAAUGUCAGACUCAGUCACGAGCUUCGUCAACUGAAACCCGAUGAGACUUCUUCAACAAAAUGGAAACAUUAA